CUAAAAAUAGCAGUGUAAAAGACAAGCAUGCUGUCCCAGUGACUCUGCAAAAGACAGCUUGUCCCCCACCUCAGACAGCAGCAACAAAAAAGUCUGCCUUCUAAACAAGUACGGUGAAUAAUGUAUGAUUUCUGCUUUCAUUCAUGAGCAGGUAAACACUUAAAACAUCUGUUGGUUGGACCUGAAUGCAUUAAGGCCAUAGGUCAGAGUGUCGUCAUGGUGCGUAAUAUAGACGAUCUAGACUUCUGCCUCUCUUCCCAUCCCCAGAGCAUUUUAGAGGGUCUUCGCUCCCUCUGCUCUCAACCCAAACUUGUGGAUGUCACCCUGAGCGCUGGUGGACGGGAUUUCCCCUGUCACAGGGCAAUCCUUGCACUCUGCAGCCAUUACUUCCAUUCCAUGUUCUCAGGAGAUUUUGUGGAGAGCAUUGCUGCUCGUGUUGAGCUUCAUGAUAUAGAUCCCAAUGUAUUGUCAUCAUUGUUGGACUUUGCUUAUACAGGGAAACUCACUAUCAACAAAAACAAUGUAGAGGGACUGAUCUGCACGUCCAGCCAGCUCCAGUUCCACACUGUCCGUAGUGUAUGCAGUCGAUAUCUGCAGCACCAGAUAGAUGCCACUAACUGCUUGGGAAUCCUUGAGUUUGGAGAGAUCCAUGGCUGCCCUGAAGUUGUUGCCAAAGCAUGGAGCUUCCUCCUUGAAAACUUUGAGGCAGUGCAACAACAUGAGGAGUUCUUGAUGCUGGAUAAAGACAGGCUGGUGACCUGCUUAAAGGAUGAGGAUCUGCACAUAAGAGAUUAUCGGUCCUGUGUCGAGGCUGUUUUAGCCUGGGUUGGGCAUUGUAGAGACAAUCGGAUCUGUCACCUGCUAGAAUUGUUGGGCUUGGCUAAGCUUUCCCUCCUCACAGAAUCCUACCUCACUGAGAACUUGCUUAAAGAGCCAUUGGUGCAAGAUUCGCUACAAUCCAAAGAGUUUGUGGAGAGAAUAUGCAGAGAGAAACGAGAAAAGACAGGAGGUGAGUCAGAGCAAAGAGGCACUGAGAAAACACUCAACCUGCAGGAGGUUUUAUUUGUGAUGGGUGGUCGCUCGCUGGACGAUGACUCAGAUGAUGAAGAUGAGGAUGAAGCUGAAGACAGAGAUAGAAGGUUAUACCCCAGAAAUUGUGGAUAUUACAACCCAAAACUUGGGCAGUGGUUUCAGCUACCUGAUUUUCCCAACUACAAUAAAUGGGGUUAUUCAGUCGUCUCCUUAAAUAACAAUGUGUAUGUCACAGGAGGAUCAAGAGGGUCUCAGUCCAACACCUGGUCCACCACAGAGACCUGGAAGUACAUCACUCGUGAGGGAAAGUGGGUCACAGUCGCCCCAAUGUUGCGGCCCAGGACUAACCAUUCUUCUGCAACUCUCAAUGGAGAGAUUUAUGUAAUUGGGGGAACUACUAUGGAAAUUGUUGAAGUUGAACAUUAUGACCCAUUCAGUAAUUGCUGGACUCUUACGGGCCCAGCGCUGAAGUAUGUGACUAACUUUACAGCCAUAUCAUGUGAAGGAAAGCUUUACCUCAUUGGUUCUUGUGCUGUUAAAUAUAAUGCCCUGACUAUGCAGUGCUACAAUCCUGUCAUAGAUAGCUGGUGUAUCAUCUGUUCUCCGUUUAUUCCUAAAUAUCUCUCUUCUCCCCGCUCUGUUUCUAUGGAUGGAGUCAUUUACCUUGUAGCAGAUAACACCAAAAAGGUCUAUCUGUAUAACCCAGAGGGUAAUAUGUGGGAAAAAAUUCAGUUUCUACACACUCUUCAUGAAAAUGGUGAUUUGGUGGUUCUAGGUGGGCAAUUGUAUGUGACUGGGGGUCACUGGAAGGGCAUGGAGGGGGAUUACGGUGUGGAAGUGGAAGCAUACAACCGAGCAUCCAACACUUGGAAGGUGGAGUGCUUCCUUCCCAGGCUCUGGACUUACAGUGGCUGUUGUUCCAUCUUCCUAGACACUUCCCAGUGGUCUGAAGUCUUCCCUGAUGAGACUUAAUAUCUGUUCAAUCCCCUAAUUUCUGGCUUAGGUUUUGCUGCAAAAAAAGUUUAAUUUUGUAUUGUGAGAUUGUCAAUGUGAUAUAAACAUUAUAAAUGUUUUACAUUUCUUUUGAAAUAAUUUAGCAAUCUGUUAUUCGCCUUUAUGUGGUUAAUAAAAACCUAUGAAUUAAACAACCUUAUAAAAAUAUAUAUUUUUCUUAUGUUUUUGGCAACCUUCGAGGUCUUUUUUGUUUGAUUGCAUUUGUUUUAUUUCGAAAUAUAUGUUGUUUUAUUCAGAAAUAAAUGUUUUAUGAUGUCUAUUGCAAAACCUUGCUAUUUAAAACCCCUUGUUUUUAUUAAUUGCAAUGGAUUUUUAAGAAAUUGCCAAUAAAGACUGGAAUAAAUUUGUGAAGCCGUGACC